AUGGCGUUGUCUCACUUUCUCCGCUGUUUACUGCGAGUAGUGAGGUGGAUCCCUGUGCUCUUCAUCAUGGCGAACGUGUGCGGUUCGUACUACGGGUUCGUGGUGAAGCUUUGCAUUUUUACCGUAACAUCGACCAUUGAAAAGGCUGUAUAUAUGGUGAUUUUUCACCUGCUAUUUAUCAUGUUCCUCUGGUCAUACUUGAGGACGAUAUAUUCCUCCCCGGCCAGUCCAUCGGAAAAGUUUUGCCUAUCCAAAUCGGACAAGGAGCAAUAUGAGAAGGAAGACAAACCAGAGAUUAAGCAGGAGAUACUGGAGCGGGCAGCUAAAGAUUUGCCAAUCUUAACAAGAGCUCAGAACAAUGAUAUCCGGUAUUGUGACCGCUGCAAGCUGAUGAAACCCGAUCGCUGUCACCAUUGUUCAACUUGUGACAAAUGUGUUCUGAAGAUGGAUCAUCACUGUCCAUGGGCCAACAACUGUAUCAGCUUUUCAAAUUACAAAUUCUUCCUGCUGUUCUUGAUGUACGGCUCUCUGUACUGCCUGUUUAUUUGCGCAACAACGCUGCAAUAUGUCCUGAAGUUUUGGACGGAUAACACGGAUAAUACCGAGAGCCAGCUGUCAACCAUGUUCUUUAUGUCAGCCAUGUUCUUGAUCUCCCUAAUAAUUCUGUUUUCCUUUCAUUGUUGGCUCGUCAUAAAGAAUCAAUCAACCAUCGAAAAAGCAGACAUCGGGAUGUUUAGCACAGCCUGUAGGUCCUACGGAAAUGGUCACAUACGCCACAUAGUGCUUUUCUGUUCCGGAUCUAGUCUGCUGUAG